GCGGCCGAUGCGGCUGUGGCCUGAGCUUCCCAUCUUUCGUGUAUUGUCUUUGGUUGGCAAGGGCUGUUCUCCCAAUAAGGAAUUCUUUUUGGAGGUAUCACCAGAAGAAGAAGAACCCGUUUUCUAUGAGGCCGUAGCUGUCAUUACCCCAAUCAGCUGAUGGCCAAUGGGUACUGAAGCUUACGACCCAUUUCUUUGGACCAGAAGGCGGUAACGGUGCUGAUAAGAUUAAAAAAAGAAAAAUUGUGAAUGUAAUUAAUAUACGUGCCACUCAGUGUCUGGUUGCCGGUCUACAGGAUCCGUGCAACCAUGAUGUUUGCCGGAACCAUGCCCCGUGCGCAGUAUUGCUUACCGGUUCCGUAGUCUGGCAUCACGAAAACUGCUUUGCCUGCUACGCCUUGUACAACAGAUUACCUGUUCGUGUAUAUUCUAGGUAUUACCUGAUGUGAGCGUUCGUUUGUCCACGGUGAUAUGGGCCAGAUACACACAUAGAGGCAUGAAUUUGGAUAAGAAAGAGAAAGAGACUACCGUAAGUUUGUGGAGGAAAGAGACUACCGUAAUGCGAUUAGGAAGAAUUAUGAUUUGAAGUUAUCAAAUACAUAAUUCUUAAUCAUAGUCUAGAGGUUUAAGAUACAUACUUAUCUACAGCCAUGUCUUCUCACAAAUUUGAAUUAUUGGAUGAAGAGGUUGAGGCUUUGUUGGAUCAAGUAGCUGAUGAACUCGAAUUUGGGUUAAGUAGAUGUAAUGGUCAAGAAGAAAGAAAAUUGUUACUCUCUGAGAUUGAGCGGAUGCUUAAUGAUGCUAGUGGGUCAUUAAUUGACAUGGAUAUUGAGUCCAAGAAAGCACCUGUGGACUACAGGAAUAAUAUGAACAGCAAAGUGAUGAGAUAUCAGAAUGAAGUAGCUAGGUAUCAAAGACAAUUAGACCGUGAAAAGUCUUCAAAUUACAGAGGUGAUGGCAGAUCAGAUUUACUGUCACAUGAUGAUGAUGCGGCAUCAUUGGAUGCAUUGAGACGUAAACAGGUUCAACAGGGUGCAGCAAUUCUUGAAAGAACAUCUGAAAGUAUAGCACGUUCUACUAGUAUUGCAGUAGAAACUGAACAGGUUGGAACAGAGGUUCUUGGGGAGUUAGGUACACAACGCGAAACCCUGACUCGAACGAGGGACAGACUUGUAGACACAGAUGCAGAGUUGAGUCGUAGUAGAAAGAUAAUUAGGGCUAUGUCUCGGAAUGUCUUAUAUAAUCGUAUUUUGUUGAUAAUUAUAAUUUUACUAGAAUUGGGCAUACUUGGUGGCCUUGUCUACUGGAAAUUUUUUACUAAAUAAGUUUGUAGUGGGGUGAACUUAAAGAGGUCUGCAAAAUAGUGGAAUAUCAUUGGUAUUAAGUUUGUUUGAAAUACUAUUACAGCGAUAAGUGUGUUUAUACUAUUAAAAAAAAUUAUAAGUUCGUUAAAGGUGAAUUGGUUCUAUGAAGCAAGAUUUUUCUACACUGUACACAACUAAUUGUAUAGUUUUAAGUUAAUGUCAAUGAGGAAUUGUGUUUCAUAGAUGUUUUCACCUAACUUUACAGUUCCAAAAGGUCAUUUUAUCAGUUUUUAAAAGUUUUCAGACAUUUUACUUCAAAUAGAUUUCAAAAGUUCUGAAUAUCAACUUUUAUGUUAUAAAGUUUCUGAAAAGCAAUUUUGUAUAUUUUAUCAAUAUAGCAUUCCAUGAGGGCACUUGAAACAUUUUCAUGAAAAUACUGUACAUGAAUUGUUAAUUGCUAGAAUGCAUUAGACACUUAUUAUACAUUAUACUGAAAAUUUUAAUGAGAAAAAUAUAUAGGUAUACGUCCAACAGUUUUUCAGAAUCAAACAUAAUUAUACUGCAUUCUUUCACGUUGCCAAAAUUUGCCCAGAAGGUUGCUGCUGCUUUAUUGAAGUUGAAUGUUUGAAAUGCACCUUUAAUUCUCAAUUUUAUGUAAUUCUCAAGUUUAUGUAAAAGAGUGAUUCACUUUAAAGAUGAAAAUGAAUUCAUUUUUAUGAAUACAAAUAUAAUACUGCCAUAAGCCUUAAUUUUGUUAUCAGGCUAAUAACACUUUACUGAUUUACAAUUGUAUAGUUUAAGGUUAUUGACAUAGGUUACUCUAAUCAGAUUUUUACAUGCUAUUUAUUAUCACUUUUAGAACAUUUGACUGUUUGAAUAUUCUGUCAUGGAUCCCAUAAUGAGUUUUGUUUUAAUGUAAAUUUCAUACAUUUCAAGAAAUUGAGAUAUAUAUGUGAAAUUGAGGCAUUGUUUUUGUGCACGUACUGGAAAUUCCAUUGUCUGUAUUAGCUUAAUGUUUAAUACUUUUUUUAGGUGGUUAAUGAAAAUUUAUCUUGGUUACAUCCUCAAGUAACAAGUCAAAUUUAUCUAAGUUUUAACCAAAAUUUAUAACAUGCAUAAAAUGCCAGUCUGCUGCAUGCUCCCUAUAUAUGUAUAUUGUCAAGACAAGAAAACACAACUUAUAAAUAAUGUUCUGUUGAUACAAACUGUCAUUACAAACAUUAUCUGGCAAAAAAAAUAUUUUGUCUUGUAAUGUGAAGGAUAUAUUGACAACCUAUGGCUAUAAGUAAGGUUCUGUAGAUGGAAAUUUGGAAAACAGUAUUUUCUGGUAUGAGAGAUCUGUUCAGAAAGUAUCUUAGCAUAGGCUUUAAAAACUAAAUUGGUAACCUGUUUAAAUAAGACACUAAUUCCCUUGAAUUGUUUUUUGCAGUUGCUUUGUCAUUUUCAUUAUGAUCUCUUAAUUUUCUUGUGACCAGGAAUCCUUUAGCAGAAUUUUGUUUGGGGAAUAGGCAAAAUUUGCAUUAAACCAUGUAAGUCAUGGAUAUUAUAACUGACAACUUUCCAAAAAUGAGCCAUGAAAGGGGAAUAGGCAAAAUUUGCAUUAAACCAUGCAAGCCAUAGAGAUAACUUACUACUUUCCAAAAAUGAGCCAUGAGUGACAAUACCCAUACUAGAGUGUUGUUUCUAACUUACUGUUUCCCAAAGCUGAACCCAUAACAUCAUGCCACAUCCAUCAUUCUCAACUGUUUCAAAGUCUUGUCCAGGCACAUCAUCUCACAGGCCCUAGACUUGCCAAGAUAAGAGAGCCAGCGAGAUGUUGCGCCUGGACAAAAAUCUUUGGAACAGUUGAGAAUGAUAUACAGGGGACAAUGUUAUGGUUCAGCUAUGGGAAACAACGCUCAAGUAUGGGUGAAGUCAUGAUUCAGUUUUAGAAAGCUGGAAGUUAAAGUAGCACCCAUUCAUCUCAACUGAUUCAGGAAUUUUUUACCAAAUACAAUAUCCCCACCGAGUGAUCCCUGAUUUUAGAUGAGAAAUGAUCGUGACAAAUAUAACAGAACUGCCAUCCAGUUUAACUAUUUUUCAUUAAUAAUAUUUAAAGGGCAGCCUGUUUGUUUAGCCACUUUCUGAGCUCACCAUGUAUGCUAAAAUCAAUUUGUACUGAAAAGUAUUCUUACAAAGUCCAAACAAAAAGGGUUAUUAUAUAAAAAAGGCAAAAAAUAUAUCACAUUUAUUACACAACAAAAUCAAAUUUUAAAGCUUGA